AUGUAUUCUACGAGGCACCCGCGAACGCACGAUCCGCUCUCGGGCAUCCUGUGUGAGGAACCCAGCGGUCGCGGCGCAGCGGCUGCACCCGAAGGUCCUGAAGGACAGGGUGCUGCCUGGGAUGAGGUGCUGUUGGAGGACUUUUCGCUUGUGGAGGCCCCACCUUCCUGGGAGGCCAUGAUCAAAGCCACCAUACCAGUAUCUACCCCCCAGCGACCCGACCCGGAGGACGGCGAAGAGACAGAGGGCAGCGAGCAACGCGGAACUAGCGAUGAGGAGAGCGAUGACGAUGAUAAUAAUAAUAGUAGUGGCGACGCCGGGUGUGCGGCCUCUGCCAGCUGCAGCGCCGGUGGCGGCGGCGGCCCCGACGGCAGUGGAGUGCCGCCACCAGCGGCACUGUCGAGCGAUAAGCCUUCACAUCCUACCACUAGAGCUCCAACUGCCGGCCGUGAUCCGCCAGCGCAAACCUCGGCUGCUGCCGCCGGCGCCACCACCGCUCCGGCAAACACCACAAGUGCCGCUCCUGGAGCCCCUGUAGCUGCGACGGCUGGGAUUGUGGAUCCGGCGGAGCCGUCCGCCACGCGGGGGCUGGCGGCUAAGCCGGCGGCGGCUCCCCAGCUGGCAGCUCGGUGGCCAGACUUCGCGCGCCGUCGCGGCGCGGGCGUGACGUCAGAGCGGCAGCAUCUUCUGGCGCGUCGGCGCACCGCAACGAAGCGGCCCCCGUCGCCAGAUACUACCCAGCCCACACCGGUACCGUCGCCCGCGCCCUUUUCCACGACUCCGUCGGCAUCAACCAAGUCUAAGACCAACUCCGAGCUCAAGGCCUUCCAGCUGCUGCUCGAGCGCACCCGUGCCUUUGACCGCCUUGUGUUGAAGCUGGUGUUCGGGUUCUUCUCUCUGAUGCUCGGCGGUGUGGCCUGGGUGGCAUUUACUCUGGGCAGGCUGCAGGCGGAACUGGCCGCGGCACAGCAGCAAGUGGGUGGGCUGCGUAAUGAGCUUCAGGUGGUGGAUACGCGCUGGCAGCGCGCUCAUGCGGCUCUGGUACGCGACAUGCAUGAGCAGCAGCAGCUGCUGCUGGCGCUGCCGCCACGGAGGCAUGAGGAACCCGGAUGUGUCAUUUGUUAG